CGAGUUUCACGCACAUUAGUUGUAACUUUGAAUAAAUUAUUGUCAUUUUAACCCCACUCGUGCGUACUGAGGAACGUUACGUAAAUAACACACUUUCCUGCAUAGCAUGUUAGCUCGCGUUGUGUUAAAAGCAGCAUUUGAAGUCUUAUUUCCGAACAGUGUAGCACAAUUGGACUGUUAUUACGUUCAUCCCAAGGCAGAACGACAAGAUGAUCGAGGUGGUCUGCAACGAUCGUCUGGGCAAGAAAGUCCGGGUAAAGUGCAAUUCUGAGGACACCAUCGGAGACCUGAAGAAGCUCAUUGCAGCCCAGACGGGGACGCGGUAUGACAAAAUCAUCUUGAAGAAAUGGUACACCAUAUUCAAGGACCACGUGUCACUGGGAGACUACGAGAUCCACGAUGGGAUGAACCUGGAGUUGUACUAUCAGUGAAAGGAAGGCUCAUUCUGUCAGGAGAUGAUGACAUCAUUAGUAUUUUUGGGACAAACAAAUUGAUCAUGUGAAUUGUUUUGAUAUUUUGAAAAAUAAAGUGGAUAUUUACCAACAA